AUGUCUACACCUCCCUCCGCGGGUCUCACACCCAAGACCCCCAAGCGAAGCUCUCCUCCGGCUUUGAAGCCUCAUCACGAAGAGGAAAACAUCCAGCCUUCCAUCGAGUCAGCUGCCUCGGGUCUCCCUGCCUUCAAGCAGAAGCAAACCAUUGCAACUCUUGCUACGUCCAAACUUGCCAAUCAGAAUGUUCUCAAGGUUGGUUCUUCCUCCCGCAAUCUGCCGCUUCGCUCACAGCGGCGACAGAAGAAGACCAAUCAGGACACGAUUGCUGGCACGAACCCUAUGGAUAUGCUCCUUGCCAAGCUGUCUGAGCAGCAAGCUGCCCUCGAUCAACAGAACGAGGCUUUGAAGAACUCUGAUGAGAACAGCUUGUACUCCCGUCACUUCGACAAGGCUUCUUCGACGACGAACUCGGUCCCUAUCACUCCUGCCACGGACUCGUUCCCCACGACUGCGCCCACGAGUCGCCCAACCAGUGCCGCUCUAAAGGAGACUAACGGCAACGUGGACGAGCUCCUUCGACUGAAGAUGGAGCUUGCCCGAGCGCAGAACAAAAUCUCUCGCCUUGAUCACGAACUGGCCCAGUCGCGCUCGGUCAAGCAAGAAGAAGACAUCGCUCCGGCUCCGCCUGCGGCUCGUUCGGGGGCAUUCGGAGCUGAGAACGCCUGGCCUACCGACGACAACUCCUCGGAUAUCGGCGCCCCUUUCAUCAACAGCUACAGUCGUCCCCGCCAUUGGAGCAACAAUAGAGCUCCUCUCUCCUUUGAUGCGGCUGCUCCUAUUUCCGACUCUGGUGGUGACUGGUAUGGUGGCGGACGUGGCGGCUUCAACCAGGGCUAUAUGGGUCCCGCUGGUCCGUACUCUAUGGCGGAUGGUUUUCGCAAUGAUCGUAUGAGCCAUGAACCCGAGAUGUACUCUCGGCCCCCUAGCAGUCGCCGAAACAACCGGUUCGACAACAGCCGCUGGCCGUCUCCUCAGCCAUACGGAGGAACCAACUUUGGACAUAACUAUGGCGGCUUCACUCCCUCUC